AUGAAAGAAACAAGAUUGACCAUUCCUGUGUACGCAAAAAAGAUCAAUGGUGAGAUAGUUGUCGAAAGAGUUGUCGUGACGGAUCAAGUUUGCAACAUUAUGCGCGGCCUUCAAUCGGUCAGUAGUUUAGUCAAUGUGGCAGUGAGUUCAAUGCCUCCUGCUGCUUUUGCCUGGGCGGGCGUCUUCGUUAUCCUUCCUGUCGUCAUGAACGCAAUCACGCAAGAUGGUGAGGCUAUGGAUGGGUUAGAGUUUAUUUCAGAGCUUCUUGUCCGCUGCAAGGUCCGAGAGGAUGUCAUACGUAGAAGGUUUCGCGAACCUGUGCAGGGCCUUCAAUCUCAAAGCGAAUCGAAAAACCUUGGAGAACUUCAUAGCGCUAUAAAAGCUAGGACUGUCCAGUUGUAUUCUGAUAUCUUGCAAUAUCAGAUCCAGCUAGCCAUACAUUAUGACCGUGGAUUUGAGCGAAGAUAUCGCAAUUCUAUCGCAAACGGAUUUGACAAACUCGAAGAGUCGGCGGAACAGUCCUUGUCUUCGCUAAAGGAAAUUGAACAGGAUAUCGAGGGAAUAAGUCAAGACUCAUUACUGAAAGAGUUGCCCCGAGCAAUUUUCGCAGCCUUUGAUUCUUCUAAGGCACAAGGAGAAACCACAAGCCUGCAUCGAACAUGCCUUCAAGGCACUCGGAUUGAUACCCCCAAUUUAGUACAGCGGUGGAGCAACGCUCUACAUGACUAUAAGUGUAUAUUCUGGUUGAAAGGGAUGCCCGGUACCGGGAAGUUGAUGAUUGCUCGCACAGUCGCCGGCAAAUUGGCUUCAGAGGGCCGACUUGGCGUGUUUGUCAUUGAUGCACUUGACGAGUGCGAAGGCGAUGACGACCUAAGGGAGGUACUUCCACUUUUUAGCCAGUUGAGGGAUCUCAGGACCAUAAAACUACGGGUUUUUAUGACCAGUAGACCAGAAAAGCUACUCAGGUCCAGAUUCAGCCGAAUGCCUGAUGCGUAUCAUCGCGAUGAAGAUCUGCACAAAAUCAAGCCCUCAGACAUCCAAGAAGAUAAGGAUGAUAUCACCAAGCUUUUUGAGCACGAGCUUGCUCUUAUGAGGGAGGAAAUACUACUUCAAGACAACUGGCCGGGGAAGGAGCGUGUCAAGAAACUCAUCUUAAAACCGAUGGACUAUUCAUCUACGCUGCCACAGCUUGCCGAUUUCUCGCAGCGGCAGCUUCAGAAAGAUUGGCAGACCUACGACUAG